AUGUCACAUCCACAGAACGAUCAUCUAUCUUACAGCUGCUUCCUGAAAACACCUCACCGCAGUACUCCUACCAGAGGUAACGCCAGCACCCCGCGUUGUGGCCAUGGAAUCUUUAACCUAGGACAGGUUCCUGACCUCUCGUUUCCCUCUAACCAAUAUCCCCACCAAGAACCCAGGCAAGCUCGUACUGACUAUACUGCAGCAGCAUUCAACCAAGCGGGCUGGCCCGCUAUGCAGCAACAGCCGACCGCAUAUGCAACCGAUCCUAGAUAUCCUGCUGUGCAACAGCCAUUUGGCGCGUAUCCUGCCAGGGGUCAAUCGAUCAUGCUGCAGGAUGUACAUGAAUCCCUCACCUUACCGCCACUUAAUAUGCCACAAGGGCAGGCUCAUGCCGGUGCCGUGAACCCUUCAACGAUGGCUGGUUCCCACGGCAGACCACCGAACGCUGCCUACCCUACCACCUAUAAUCCCUAUACAGAACAUCCACAACAGCCUGCUUCUUAUCACUCCCCUCCUGGCUCGCGCAACCUUCCUCUUCCCAUUCCUGCUAUGGGAAUCGACCCCGCUAUUGGCGGCAUGCCAAGACGUGCGUCGAUGUCCGUUGAUCGUACUGCACCGUCACGGCUGUCAGUACAUGGGACAUCGCCAUAUUUACGUAUUCCCAGCAUGGCAUCACCGUCGACGUAUAUCCGAGAACCUUUCGUGUCCGAGCCCACUAUCAAAAAGAAGCGGAAGCGGGCCGAUCCGGAGCAGCUGAAGGUUCUGUAUGAGACCUACAAUCGGACUGCAUUCCCAACAACUGAGGAGCGGGCUGAGCUUGCGAGAAGGCUCAAUAUGUCUGCUAGAAGCGUGCAGAUUUGGUUCCAAAAUAAGCGGCAGGCCAUGCGGCAGAGCUCACGUCAAGCCUCCAACGCUGCACCUCCCACUACCAGCGAGCCGUUUCCGGCUGCUGGCAGCGGACCUUAUGGUGCUCAUGUGUCGGGUACAGCCACUGUCCCUUGCUUGGAGAUUCCUUGUAUUGAUAGUGGCCGACCGACAGCACUUCUAAUGGAACGUGCUCAACACGUCGGGAGGAACGAGCGUCAAGCAACAGCUGAAACGCGUUGCAGGGAGGUGCCUGGAAACAGAGCGGGUGAAUACGGAAGGGCGGAAUAUGGUAUAAAUACGCACCUGUAG